ACUCAUGUGUCCGUCGGUCCGUCCGUCGAGCUGCCGCUGCUGCUGACGCUGGACUGCCAGAGGCAAGGUCGGUACACUUGUAUGUUCCGAUUCAGCACUACCUUAUCUUUGUUGUCCGCCCGUUGUCCCACUUGGCUGCCCAGCGCUCCGCUCGAGAGCCUCCAGCGUCGGCUGCUUCUCCGAUUCCUCGCUGGCUCGAGAGGCGAUUUGGCGCGGCGUCGAAUGAGAGACUGAGAGAUCGAUUGGGCUGAGGAAUUAUGGCUUGCGCUCUCGGCAGCAUUGCCACCGGAUCUCCUGCUUGUUUCGGCCAUUCUGUCAAUUCUGCUUCCGUCUUUCGUCAUCGCCAGGGAACUUCAAGAAGCGUUCUUGCGCGCUGUACGUCAAGAAAGUGGAGCACUAAUGAGGUGUACAGACUCUCAGCAUGCAGUGAGAAUGUAUGCCCACUUUUUCUUAAUUUUUGGCAUUGGACUGAGCAGCAAUUGCAAAGAUCAUGGUUGACUGUGAAGAAUCGGCAGCAGAAGCUGGGUCUCAAAGUCCAGUCCGAGAAGCCUCUUCAACAUACUCUGGACUCGUUUUCUAGCUUUGAUGGAGAAGGAGUUGGGAGGGCGAUCACAGGAAAUCUGGGAUCUUCAUCAGUGGUCGGCAAUAUCAAGUUGACGGAUUCAGUUCGAGGAGAUGUGCGUGCUUCUGCCACAACUAUUGGGGAGCCCUCUUUGUCACCACAUGCCAACAUUGACGAUCUCACACCGAGCACAACACCGUUUUUAACUAUCACUGUUCUGGGUGCCACCGGAGAUCUUGCCACUAGCAAAAUUUUUCCCGCACUUUUUGCUCUAUAUUAUAGUGGCCAUCUACCAGAGAAUGUUGCAAUUUUUGGCUACUCGAGAAGUCCUCUUAGUGAUGAAGAUCUCCGAAAUCUAAUCAGCGAGAGGUUGACUUGCAGGGUUGAUCAUGCGGAGGAGUGCGGCAACAAGACAGAUGCCUUUCUAAAGAGAGUCUUUUAUCAAAGGGGUGUUUAUAACACAUGUGACCACAUGGAAACACUAGACAGUAGGAUGCUGGAGUUGGAGGGUAAUGGACCUGCCAAUCGAGUCUUUUACCUCAGUGUUCCUAAGGAGUGUCUCUUGGAGGUUACAAACUGUUUGAGUGCAAGUGCCAAAAGUAAAACCGGCUGGACGCGCCUGAUCGUGGAAAAGCCGUUUGGCGACGACGCUGAUUCCUCAGACAAAAUUACGAGAGGGCUUUACCAGGCUGGCUUCAGUGAAGACCAGAUCUACAGAAUUGACCACCUCUUGGGGAAAGAACUCAUUGAAAAUUUGACCGUUCUUCGCUUCUCCAAUUUAGUGUUUGAGCCUCUUUGGAGCCGUACAUACAUAAAGAAUGUACAGUUUAUCUAUUCUGAAGACUGGGGUGUUUGUCCAGGAAAAGAAAGGUACUUCGACGAACAAGGGGUCAUUCGAGACUUGGUCCAGAGUCACAUGUUGCAGACCAUAGCUCUUUUUGCGAUGGAACCUCCUGUUACUCUUGAAGGAGAAGACAUACGAAAUGAAAAGGUGAAGGUUUUGAGAUCAAUGCGGGCACCAACUUAUGCCGAUGUAGUCUUGGGCCAGUAUAAAGCAAGCAUUUCAAAAGAUGGGAAGUCCAAGAUACCAGGCUACUUGGAUGAGCCCGAUGUUCGCACCAACAGUCUUACUCCCACAUUUGUGGCAACUGUAUUGUACAUUGAUAACUCACGUUGGGACGGCGUCCCAUUUUUGGUAAAAGCAGGGAAGGGACUCAUCAAACAUUCAGUGGAGAUUCGCAUUCAGUUUCGACAAGUCCCGGGAAAUCUCUACCGUGAACGCUUCGGAUACAACUUGGAUGCAGCAGCCAAUGAACUAGUUUUACGAGUGCAGCCGGACGAGGCGAUAAAUCUGAAAGUCAACAACAAGGUUCCAGGACUUGGAUUGCAGCUAGACUCGUCAGAACUCAAUCUGCUGUAUCGUGACAAAUACGACGGGGAAGUUCCAGACUCUUAUGAGCGCCUAAUACUGGAUGUUAUUGACGGCGAUACCCACCUAUUUCUCCGUGGUGACGAGCUUGCAGCAACCUGGGAGAUCCUCACUCCCUUGCUUGAGGAAAUCGAGAACUUGAAGGAAGAGAAGGAUGGAAUAUAAACGAAGACUCUCAAAGAACUUCAGAAGCCGUACAUCUCAACUUCAAGAAUCGGCUUGCGACAGCACCUCACGAAGAUGAUGAGUGUGGUCGACGGAGGAGCCAAUCGUUUCUAGGUCCACUUUCAAGUACUGUAUAACCGGCGAGAAGGAUGCAAAAGAAAGCGAGUCCACACUUUCAAAACACACACUCUUGAGCUGAAUGGCUGGGAGGUUCGGGCUCAUGGGCAACCAAUCAGAUGCCACACUGUGCAAACAAAAGCAGAGUUUCCGAAAGCAGAUGAUCCGUUGAGUUUCUGGCUCUUGAUCUCGACCGUGAGCAUCUGAAAAGUUGGAAGAUCGUCGAAAGAGAGAACUUGAUGUAUUAUAUGACUUUUCGGACUCGGUGGUGUAUUGAUCAUGACUCCAUGAAGAUUCAUGACGUUCUGUUGGACCAGGUCCUGACGUCUUCACUGCGAUUCUCUCAAAGCUUGGCGGCCAGAAUGGAGUGGCCCUGUCCCCAACAACCAACUGUCACCAUCGUUCAGAUGUCACUUGGCGACUUCGAGCCCUUUCCACCCGAACUAAAGUCGCAUUUCAGGCGGUGGUACCCAUACAAGAGGAAUUUUCUCUUGUCAUCAUGUUCUUUCUCGGCGCUUUCUUCCAUUUCAUAGCUUCCAACCUCAUCGCAAACACUGCGUUAGUCACAGCCGUAUCUAGGCAGAGAACUUAAAGUUGUGUCGUAUGCGCGCUCGCUAUCUUGAGAAUACAUGUCACUUCAGCUCACUUCGUGCUACCACGUUUGCUUCUAUUCUUUGGUCUUACUCCACGACAUUGUCAAUGUCUGAGCUCACCCUCUUUGGAACGAAGACCUCGACUGAACUGCUUCUCCGCACCCACUUUGGCGUGCGUGGGCCGGUUGUAGCAAGCAUUCCAUGAGCGAAAUGGACCAAAAUAAGAACAGUGGAUUCGGCAUGUGGCUAUUCGAUGACUCAGGUACCAAACAUUUUACUCGCAGCAGCAAGCAAUUUGGAAAAGGUCAAAGUGAUUGGAGUCGUAUACGGCUCAUGGCAUAUGGAGUCAAAUCGGCUGAUUACCUCGAAGUGCUACGAAAUUGUCUGAUUUUGUGCCUUGUCCACGCCGGCUUUCGCCCAACCUCCAGAGACCGAGUCAGCCUGGGCACCAAGUUGGGCACAUGCAGAGCAUUUCUCGGACAUGCUUUGCUUUGUGGAUCUGAUCCCAUAUUCCGGGACGGAGUAGAUUAGAGGGAAGAUUUGAGACGUUAAAAAAAGUCGUCCCAUGCACCAACAUGCCAAUGGUAGUGUCUAAUUACUGGCCCGUCUCCAAUCAUGAACCCUGGCCCUCUGAAAUCGGCACUUUCUUUCUAGCACACGCAGACGAACAGAUAUGAAGCUUUGGAAACAAAUGCCUACGACUUGAGCAGUUAGAACAUGCAUACAUAAUCAUGGGGCAGUAUAGUCCCCAUCUUUGUUUUGUAUUUG